UUGCAAAAACCUCAUUCCAUCGUUCCACUUCCACGCCACGAGACGAGACUCAUCAUCAUUUGAAACCCCACUAAUUCCAUCUGAAAGGAAAUAGCUUCAUCUCGCUGCCGCCGCCGCCGCUGCCGGGGAAGAUGGCCGAGCGGCGGUACACCGCGCACGAGGAGGAGCUCGAGAUCAAAUCCCUCCGCCGCAUCAUCGCCGCCUACGCCAACUAUCAAGAUGCAGCAGAGAAGGAUGUCAAGAGAUAUGAACGGUCAUUCAAAAGGCUUCCUCCUGCCCACAAGGAACUUCUCUUUCACCUUGGUCUAAAGUACCAAAGAUUGAGAUGGUGUAUAUCCAUGAAUGCAUCUUUUAUCAUGAAUAUGCUUGAGGCAUUUGAACCUCCUUUCAACAUGACUCAGUACACAGACGGUGGUUGUCAUGAUUGUCCAGAGCACAUGCAUGGGCAAAAUCAUGUGAAUUGUGCUCAUUCUAGCGAGAUGGUCGAUUGCUCAAGAAGUUCUAUCACCAUAAAUACUAACUCAUUGCAUGCACAGCAUGGUUGCCCCAAGGAAGAUCCGAAGACUAAUGAAUCUGCAAGAGAAUUUGAGAAUAAGAAGGAUAAGGAAGUUCACAUGGCAGGUUGCUUCCAACCUGUUGGUUACAACUUGGGAACAUCCCAAGGUGUAGAUAAAUCAUGUAAUGGUGAUAAACAUGCGAGUGCAGCUUCUAACUGUCAAGAUACAGAUUGCUUUGCAUCUUCUGCCGAUGAAAAUGUAAUAACAGGGCACUGCAUGGAUUCGCCUUUGCAGUUGGACGUUCCUCCAGUCGAUGUUGACAAGGUAAGAUGCAUCAUAAGAAAUAUAGUGAGGGACUGGGCCCAGGAGGGUCAAAAUGAACGUGAUGAGUGCUAUAAACCCAUUCUUGAGGAACUUGAUCGUCUUUUUCCGAAUCGAAGCAGGCCUCCUUCAUGCUUAGUUCCUGGUGCUGGCCUUGGAAGAUUGGCUCUGGAGAUCUCUUCUCUGGGUUUUGUAAGCCAGGGAAAUGAGUUCUCAUAUUACAUGAUGGUUUGUUCAAGUUUCAUUCUAAACCACACCCAAGAGGCCUAUGAAUGGACCAUAUAUCCUUGGAUACACAGCAACUGCAAUUCGCUUUCAGACAAUGAUCAACUUCGGCCUGUUUCAUUUCCUGAUAUUCAUCCCUCAAGUGCUGGGAUCACCGACGGAUUUUCCAUGUGUGCUGGAGAUUUUGUAGAGGUCUAUAAUGAGGAAAGCCAAGAAUCUGCAUGGGAUGCUGUUGUAACUUGCUUCUUCCUGGAUACGGCACACAAUAUUGUUGAAUAUAUUGAGAUCAUAUCAAAAGUUCUCAAGGAUGGUGGGGUCUGGGUAAACAUGGGUCCGCUUCUGUAUCACUUCGCUGAUUCCUAUGGGCCAGAUGAUGAUAUGUCCAUCGAACUAAGUUUGGAUGACGUGAAGAGGGUAGCUUAUCAUUAUGGAUUUGUGAUGGAGGUGGAGAAAAUGAUAGAUACCACUUACACAGCAAAUAUGGCAUCAAUGAUGCAGAAUCGAUACCGUGCCGCAUUUUGGACAAUGAGGAAGGAUGCAUCUCGAUCGAAAGCUCAAAAGCGUCAGUGAUCCUUUGUUUAGAAGGCCGAAUUUCGGUCAGCCCAUGGUGAUGGUUACCCAGGCUAGGAGCCUGGGACAAACAAAUAAGGAUGAUUGGUCCACGCCCCGUUUCUCACCCUGAUAGGUUGAUAUUGAAAACUUGCAGCGACCUGUGCUGUCAAUCUUGUGAUAGAAGUUGUUUCACAGUGCAUAGAAAACUGUGAUGUACUGAUGUCUGUACCGGUGCCAUAGUAGAAAGGUUAACCGGGUGAUAUUAGUUUGGUUCUGGGGAGUAGAACUGUACAAGGAGAUGUAUUAUACAUUGUUUGUUAACGGUAGCCCAUAAUCUGUGGGCGUCGAGUCCAAAAGAAAUAUCAUGAUUUUGAUUAUGGGCUUCGAGUCCAAAA